GGAAACUGCCGAAUACUUCCGACAGAAGUAUGACAAAUCGCUAGACCCUGAAGAACUAUCUUCAAUCGAAGUCGUCCUUUCUUACUCUCGGUUUCGCUGUGCUUUUCUUUUUCAGACCUGACCUUGUUUCUCCAGCUAUUUUAAUCUACUACCUUCGAUUCAAUGCACCACCAGCUCGAUAAUACUAUUAAGCUCCACACGUUUGUUAUUAUAGCCAUUAAUCGGUGACGUCGUUAAAACUCACUUUGGCCUUCUGUAUUUACACGGACACUUAAUUACCACAAAUUAUAUACACCAAGAAAAAACUGAUAUAAACUUCGAUAUUUUUCUCUAUACGUUUCUGUUAAAACCCCAACAAAUAUGGGUUUCUGGGACAUAAUAUUCUGGAUUUUCCUUCUCGUUUUACUGACCAUACCGGUUCUGUAUUCAUUUAGUGGACACUUCAGGUAUUAUGUCAAGAUAGGUAUUUAUUACUUCAUCGUUCUGUUUCUGGCCACAGUUGUUUGUUUGGUUGCCUGGGUCCGGCCUUUUCAUGUCAACAACCACAAGAUUCUGAAAUAUACAUUUUGGUGUGUGAAGUACAUUUUGGGAAUAGAUGUUGAAACAAGAGGAAAGAAAAAUCUCGAAGUGGUUAAAGGGCCUUAUAUAAUUACAUGCAACCACCAGAGUUCCCUUGAUUUCAUUGGUAUGAUGGAAAUAUGGCCAGAUUACUGCACUAGUUUAGCCAAAAAAGAACUCUUAUAUACUGGUGUAUUUGGUGUAGCUGCCUGGCUUUGUGGCACAAUCUUUAUUGAUCGUUUAAAUCAUGAAAAAGCACUAAAAACGCUGGUGGAUACAGCAGAAAUUAUUACAAAAAAACAGAUUCGCUUAUUCACAUUCCCAGAAGGUACUCGAAAUCGUGAUGGACGCAUGUUACCCUUCAAAAAGGGUGUUUUUCAUUUGGCAGUUCAGUCCCAGGUCCCAAUUGUACCAGUGAUCUUUUCGUCAUUUCAACCAUUUUAUAGCAAAAACGAAAAAAAGUUGGAGCCUGGUAAAUUUAUCAUUACUAUCCUACCUCCAACCCCAACAACUGGUCUGAAAUCAACAGAUGUCAAUGAUUUAUGUGAAAAACUCCAAAUUCAGAUGGAGAAUGUCUAUUACAAAACUUCCCAUGAAGUUUCACCUAUUGUUUUCGGCAGUUCAAAUACUUCAAAGGAGAAACGACCCUUAUCAGUGUCACCAAGUUCACUGACUGAUUCUGGAGGAUUAGGUGUCUUAGAAAGAAUUGAAGAAGAGUCUGUUGAGACUAAUGUAGAAACAAUCAGUCCAGAUGUUAGCACAAAGGAAGAACAGAAACUACAUGCUGACAGAAUUAGAGAAACAACAGUUGCUGAGGCACAUGUUACCAUGGGGAAAAUAAAUAAAAGCAAACAAACUGAAAAUACAGAAGAAUUAGCUCAGAAAAUUGUGGCAAAGACAGUUAAAGAAGCACAGGAACUUGUAAAAGCAAAUUCUUUCAAAGAAGCAGAAAAAUGAAAAUAUGACCAUUAAUUAAUAAUGGACUUGAAAAAUGAUCUCAGUUCAAGGUAACAUUUCAGUCUCAAAAUGGGUGUCCUUGAAACUUGAACUUCUAUAUCCAAUUGCCUAUUGACUGCUAUGUCUAAGAGCAGUGGCAAAGAUGCAAGCUGCAGCAGUUGUAGCUAUGCAGCAACAUCCCUCACUUUCCACUCCCUACAUUUCCUGCCUCCCUAUUCUGUUCUUCCAUUUUGGGGAGAAUCUAACUGUGAUUACACAAGUCUCACUUUCCCAUUCCUACCUGCACUGUUCACUGAACAUUUCAAGUUGAUAUUCUUUCUAAAGACUAAAAUCAUGUUGACAAUGGUUUGUUUUAAACCAAAACUCCCAGAAAAUAAUUUAUUCUGGAAAUAUUUACAUAUCUGAACACUAACAUUGGCUGUAUUUUCUUUCUUAUAAAUUAAAUUUGAAAAAUUAAA